AUGUCGACAAGUCUAGUGUGGCUGCUCCUGCUGCUGCUGUGCCAUGGCAUUGCAGGCCAGCAACUGAUGUACGCGCGUGACCAGCGCUCGCUUUACGAGCUGCCCUCGUUGGACUGGAACAGCAUUGGCAGCUUCAAUCCCAUUGGUCUGGGCCAUAUGACAAAGGAUGAGUUGCUGACGUUGCUGGAGGCCUGGCAGGAUGUUGAGGCGGGCACAGCGACGCCUGCCCCUGAGCCAGCCGAGACGGUGGCACCGCCAACAAAGAGGCCGCCGAAACCACCAGCACCAGCCCCACCACCACCACCACCACCCCCACCACCAGCGCCACCUGCUCCGCCAGCACCGCCAGCACCUGAACCUGCACCGGCACCAGCACCUGUGCCCGGGACACCUGUAACUGUGCGCCUGCCCGCCUUCGUGCCCAUCCAGCUCUCUGCCAUGUUCACGCAGCCGGUGGCAGCGGGUGCUACAGGUGCAGAAGGGGCAGCGGGCGCAGCUGAGCCAGCUGACAUGGGUGCCACAGAGGUUGAUAUGAUUGCUCAGUCCAAUGAAGAUGCAACUCCGCGUCUAUUCCGUUUCACGCAACUGCCAAUGAUGGCGGCUCAGCAGCGAACUCGUUCCCCUCAGCCGCCGUCAGUGGUGCGCAAUACAUUGGAGAGCGUCGACGCUGGCAUUGCGCCUUUGGCCAAUCUCGUUAAGGCCAAGUCGCUGAACGCUAGACCGAAACCCUAUCCCACAGUCAAAGAUAUGCCCAUGCGUCAAGGGCCGCCGCUUAGGCCAAGGUUCCCACUGCCGCCAUUGCCCUAUAUGGCCAAUGCGCCCGGCCGCCUACAGUUGGUGCCCUCAUCGCAGAUCAUUGGCGAUUGGCGCGAGUAA